AUGAGUGGUGGUAACGGUGGUAACAAUGAACCAGUGCCGGACGACCACAUGAAAUCGACCGCAAUCGGCCCGCCUUUAAACGCGAACGUGAUGACCAUCCCUUUAUUCCAAUUGGAAAACGGCGUGGCAUUGAAAGAAGUGAAAGUGUGUUAUUCCACGUACGGGAGAUUAAACGAGGACGGAGAUAACUGCGUAUUAGUCGGACACUCUUUGACGAGCAACUCAAACGUGGACGAGUGGUGGUCGGAAUUUAUAGGAGGCGGUGAGGGUGAAGGAAAAGAGGCGAAAUGUUCGUUGCAUUUGGAGAAGGAUUUUAUAGUGUGUUGCAACUACAUCGGGUCGCCGUACGGAACGGCGUCGCCGGUUUCGGAAAAUCCGGAAACGCCGGGGAAGAUUUACGGGAGUCGAUUUCCCGCGCCGGUGACGAUACGAGAUAACGUGAAUUUGCAGAAGAUGGUUUUAGAUCGACUGAAGGUGACGAGAUUGUCCAUGUGUAUAGGAGGAUCGAUGGGCGCGAUGUUAGCGCUGGAAUUCGCGGCGAGUUUCCCGGAGUACGUCGAGAAGUUAGUGUUGAUUGCUGGAUGUGGAAAGCACACGGAUUGGGCGAUUGGGAUCGGUGAGGCGCAAAGACACGCGAUUGUGAGCGAUGCGAACUUUGAAGGAGGGGAUUACGAUGUAGAAACGGGCGGACCCAAGGACGGGUUGGCGACGAGUCGGAUGAUGGCGAUGUUGAGUUAUCGAGCGCCAGUGAGCAUGGACGAGAAGUUCUCGAGGAUGAACGUGGAAGGCAAGGAGCAUCCGGUGAGAGGAAGUGCUGGAGGAGAAAAUGAAAAAGAGAACGACGACGAUGACGAUCACGACAAAGCGCCGUCGCGAGAACGAGAACAAACGCAACAGAAAAGAAAAUCCUUCGACAACAACCACGUCCCGUAUUGGCAAGUCGAGAGUUACCUCCAAUACCAAGGCCAAAAAUUCAUCCAACGAUUCGAUGCCAACUGCUACUUGCAGUUGACGUACACUUUAGACUCCCACGACGUCUCUCGAGGGCGAGAAAACGGCGAUUACGAGCGAGUCCUCUCGAAACUCACCCACGAUACUCUCGUCGUGGGCAUCCUCUCUGACGUCUUGUACCCGUUUGCAUUACAGCGAGAACUCGCCGAUUGCAUGCCAAACGCGCAGUUGUAUACCAUAGAUUCUCCUCACGGACACGACUCGUUUUUGAUUGAAAUCAACUCAUUAAACGAGGUCAUUCGCAGAUGGCGGAACGGCGAAAACGUGGAAGUUCGAGAUCCGUGUGAAUCGGUCGCGUUAUUAGAGGAACAACGAAAUAGAGAGCGUCGCCAGUCCUCCUCAGCAGAUCACGCACCCUCCUCGACGGAUGUAGAAGAUAGCGAAACGCUCAAACGCACCGUCCGCGCUUUACGAGAAGAACUCGCAAGAGUCCACGGAAAUCUCAGGGCGCAGACCGCUCGAGCGGAUCUUUAUUUACGCAAGUUGCAAGCGCUCACCGACGACGAGGGCGAGAAUAACGGAAAGAAUAGCGAAACGAGCCGACAACGAAACAAAAAACGAGCGGCGAAUACUUUCGCGUCUCCCCACGGAGUGAUCGUUCUCAGCGACCCGGGAUACUUGAACGAAGGAUUUUCGCCGAUAGCUAAAGCUUCUUCGCUCGGCGCGCGCGGUCCAGUAUUCGGUAAAAUUAAGGCGAACGAUACUAACGGCGAUGAUUCGAACAACAACAACGGCACAUCGCACGCUGGCGUUUAA